GAAAUGUAGAAAGUGGUUGAAUAUUAUAACCUAGAAGAUUUCAACUUCUUAGUUUAAUAAUUAAUUUGUUAUUACUCAACAAAUGAAAUAGAAGAAAAAAAUUAGUGGUCGAUUAAACCUAUAUAUAUACACAUAUAUAUAUCUCUAUAUUUGUAUACACGUCUACAUAAAUAAAGUAAAAAUUGAACUUUUAGAAACAUUUUUUAACAAAUUUCAAGAAGUAAUGGAGUCUUGUAAAGAGAGUGCAGAUCAAACAACUCCAGAUACAAAUAAGCAAACAAAAAAAUCUUGGUCAGAAUUGAGAGGAGUAGUAAGUGAAUUUCGUAGAAAAUUAUCGGGAGUAUCAGAUGGAUCUGUCCCGGAUGCAAUAACAUUUAGAUCAUUACCUGAUGGCCGAACAAGAAUAUAUUUUUUGGGUACUCCAAGUAACGGAUGGGAAACAACACUCCUUUACGUUGAUAUAGGACAAUAUGAACAGUUUAAUGGAUGUAAACUUCAUUGGCAACCAAUAAUUGAAGCUAAUUUUCAAAGUGUUUCAAGUGCAAAUAGACUCUCAAGAGAAGAACAGUUACUGUGGGAGAGGAAAAGACUGACAACUUGGGGAAUAACAAGCUACGAGAUUCAUUUGGAAAGUGGAAAACUUGUUUUCCCAGCUGCCAGUAGUCUUUAUCAAUGUAUAGACACAGGAUUUUCGUCAGGACCCUUAUUUCCUUCAGAACUGAGAAUUUCAACGUCUGGUGCUAAGCUUUGUCCACAAAUAUGUCCAUGGAAUAGUGCUUUAGUUGCUCACACGUGUUCUGGAGAUUUAUAUUUAUCUCACAGUAUAACUGGAUCUUCUGUUCGAUUAACACAUGCCAGAAAAGGGGUAAAGAAUCUUGCAGAAGAUCCUCUUACAGCUGGAACGCCUUCUUAUGUGAUGCAAGAAGAAUUUAUGAGAUAUGUUGGUUAUUGGUGGCAGCCUAAAUCAACUGAUGGAAUAUAUCGAAUAGUCUAUGAAGAAGUAGAUGAGAGUGAUGUUAAAAUAUUUUGUUUUCCUUCGUCAACUCAAAAUUCUGGUGAAGUCGAUGAAUUUAGAUUCCCCCGAGCCGGUGCACCAAAUGCACAAAGCAAUUUAAAAAUGGUGCAGUUCAAGUUGACUGAAAGUCAACAGAUAGUUGAUAUCGAGAUUUUAGAACUUCAAUACCCGCUUCAUUACAUGUUUCCUUGGAUGGAAUAUCUAGUCAGAGUGGGUUGGACGCCAGAUGCAAUGAAUGUUUGGGUACAGUUAUUAGAUCGAGAGCAAAAACGAUUAGAGUUGGUUUUAUUAUCAUUAGACAAUUUUUGUGACCCACCACCUAAUGUGUAUAACUCAGAAAAUCAUUUUACACCAUCGUCAGCAAGUGUUCAAGUGAUUUAUUCAGAAGAGAGCUCGAUAUGGAUUAAUGUCAAUGAUUUAUUAUAUUUUUUACCUUCUGAUGACCAUACAGAAGUCAAGUUUUUAUGGGGAAGUGAAGAGUCUAAAUUUUUGCAUUUGUAUUUAAUUACUUCUAGUAUAGCAGGCCUAAGCAAUGGAGUGGAAGAGCCAUUAGAUCGAAUGGGUAGUGUCUAUUUCCAACCACGAGUAAUUUCUAAAGUUGCAAUCACUCAAGGAGAUUGGCCAGUACUUGGAAAAAAAUUAUGGGUCGACACGGCAAAUUCUAUCGUUUACUUUAUGGGUCUAAGAGAAGGUCCUUUAGAGCAACAUGCUUAUGCAGUAUCUUUACGAAGACCUCUAGAAAUAAGAUUAUUGACGAGACCCGGCCAUAGUUAUAACAGUAUAUAUUUUAAUAAAGAAUGUACAAUGAUGGUUGCUGUCUACAGUUCUAUUAAGACUUUACCAACUUGCCAGGUAUUUAGAAUAUCUCAAACAGAUUGGACAGUAGAAAGUAUAAGUCUAACACCUGUUGGAUAUUUAUUAGAACCAGUAAGUUCAGAAAUAGAUCUUCUAGCGCCAACCAUUCACUCUCACAAAAUAUCAUCAGGUGAUACGAUAUAUUCUAUGGUAUUUAAACCUCACAAUUUUAAACCCGGAGUCAAAUAUCCUACAAUUUUGCAAGUUUACGGUGGUCCUGAAGUUCAAUUAGUUUCUAAUACAUUCAAAGGAAUGCGACAUCUUCGAAUGCACAUGCUAGCUUCUCAAGGAUAUUGUGUGAUCUUAAUAGACAACCGGGGUUCACACUAUAGAGGAUUGCUCUUUGAAAGUCAUCUGAAAAGGAGAAUGGGAACAGUGGAGUUAAGUGAUCAAGUAGAGGUUCUAAAAUUAUUAUCAGAAAAGCUAGGAUAUAUCGAUUUAAAUCGGGUGGCUCUUCAUGGGUGGUCAUAUGGUGGAUAUUUAAGUCUCAUGGGCUUAAUUCAAUAUCCAGAAGUGUUCAAGUUGGCGAUAGCGGGAGCACCAGUUACAUGUUGGAACCUUUAUGAUACUGGAUAUACUGAGAGAUACAUGGAUCUCCCUCAAAAUAACUAUUAUGGCUAUGCUAACAGCUCUGUGUUGACGUAUGCUAACAAAUUCCCAGAUGAAGAAAACCGUCUGUUAAUUAUCCACGGAUUAAUCGAUGAAAAUGUGCAUUUUUUCCAUACAAGUGAACUUAUUAAUGCCUUAGUUAAAACGGGGAAACCGUAUCAAUUACAGGUAUAUCCAACCGAAAGGCACAGUCUUCGAAGUUUGGAUGCUACUAGGCAUUAUGAAACAACCUUGUUAUCUUUUCUACAGAAUUAUUUAUAAUCUAUUGAUUAAUGAACCAUGUGAUUAAUUAAUUAAUUAAUUAAUUGAAAAAUUGAUAAAUUAACUGUUUAAGUAACGAAUUAGAAUCUAUCUUGGUAAUUUUAAAAUAUUUCUCUCGAUGAGAAAUAUUUAAAAUAAAAUGAAAUACUGCCAAUUAAAUGUAGGUAAAAGGCUACAAAAGUUAAAAAAUAUUACUUGAAUUUUUUUUUCUCUUUUUUUUGGUACUUUCUCAUUUAUACUGACAGUUUAUCACAAUUUGAGAUUUUAUUAAACCAAAAACAUUCUAGAAAUUUCGUAUAAUCAUGUCAUUUAUAAGAGAAACCAGUAUUAUAACCACACAAUGUUGCCAUAAUUUAAACUAAAAAAAAGAUACGCAAAAAGAGGAAAAAAGAAUUAUUUGAAUAAAUGAAAUUUAUCAAUAUUUAUAAUAAUAGUAAUAUCGAUAAUUGAAGUACUAGUGAUUUUUUAAGAUUCCCAAUGAAAUUGGGUUAUUUUGUUAUUAAUUAUUGAUUAUUAGUUAAGAACGAUAAAGAGUAACUUGGAAUGCGAAAGUCAUAGAAAAUAGUAAUGAAAUAGUGUUAAAUUUUUUAUCAUUUUUUUCAAGCUUUAUUAUAUUUUUCGACCUGAUGAUUUUUUUGUUUAAUUUUAAAUAAAUUUGAACUAAAUAAUAAUGUAAAGUUAUU